AUGGCUUCCCUGGACCUCCUGCUCGGGCUCCUGAUCCUUCAACCGUGGCUCUGGGAGGCCGGCGCCGUUGGGGAAGGGGCGCAGGCUGCGUCUGCGCUGCCCUCACGCUCUCCCACGCCCCGCUCCGGGGGCGGCCGCCAGGACCCCGCUGGCGCGAGUCUGUGGAAGCUGCCAUCCGUAGAGAUUCAGGGACCCUCGGAAGCCCCCGAAUCCCCUUCGGCUUCAGGGUCCCCCGACUGGGUGGCGUUUACUCGGGGGGGCUCUGGCUCCGACGAGGCUCUGGCCGCUCCACAGACAUCACCCCCAGCAGUGGAAGCCAGAGAAACGGGGAUCAUUUCUACAGGAUGUGGCCAUCGGGCUAUGAGGAUAGUUGGUGGAAGACCUGCGGCGGAGAAGAAGUGGCCUUGGCAGGUGAGCCUGCAGAUCAACGAUGAACAUGUGUGCGGGGGCUCCCUCAUUGCCAAUCGCUGGGUGCUGACGGCGGCACACUGCAUAUACGGCCUCAUGGAGUACACGGCGAAGAUGGGAGACAUCCACGUGAGGCAUUCCUCCGCGACGGCUGUGUCGGUCCCCGUUCGCGAUAUUGUCAUCCACCAAGAUUACAGUACUCUUAGAGUAAUGGAAAAUGACAUUGCUCUGGCUCUGCUCGAGUUCCCCGUGAAUUACUCCUCAUACAUCCAGCCUGUGUGCUUUCCUGAGAAGGCUUUCCCGGUGCAAGCUGGUACAGAGUGCUGGGUGACUGGGUGGGGAAAAUUACACGAGAAAGGUGAGACUGUGAAGCAAAUCCAGGAGGCUGAGCAAAGCCUUAUUUACUAUGAGAAAUGUAAUGCAAUAUUUAAGAAAAAGUUACGAAGUUCAACAGACUUCGUAAAGAAAGGGGCUGUCUGUGGUUACAAUGUUCAAGGAAAGGAUUCCUGCCAGGGAGAUUCUGGGGGCCCCCUGGUCUGUGAAUUGAAUGACACGUGGGUCCAGGUGGGAAUUGUGAGCUGGGGCUAUGGCUGUGGUCGCAAAGGAUAUCCUGGCGUUUAUACAGAAGUUAGUUUCUACAAGGACUGGGUCAUUGAUCAUAUGAGUCAGCCUUCCCGAGACUCAGCCAGCUUCCUCAUCCUACCCCUGUGGCUGGGGCUGCCCCUGGGCCUCCUGGAGACCCUCUGA